CGUUUUAUAGUUCUUAAAUUCAUAGCCCCAGAACCUCAUUUCCUCGCCUCUCAUCUAUAGCAAAUACUAUAUUAUUAUAAUUGUUAUUACUAUCAUAGUAACUUACGCAUCCAAUAAUGGGAAAUCAUUCUUCAGUCCAUUUAUCAGUAUUAUUCGUUUCACUUCUACUGGCUGUGGCUCUACUCUCCUUGUUUGUUCUUCCGGUAUAUUCAACUUCAAGAAGAGCUCUUCUUCAUCAUCAAACCACUGCAAAGAAAACGGGCUUUAGGGUGACGCUCCAUCACGUCGAUCAUGGCAAGAACUUGACAAAGCUUGAACGUCUUCAGCGAGGAAUCAAGCGUGGUAGCCACAGGUUGCAGAGGCUCAACGCCAUGGUGUUGGCUGCCAACUCCGAUUCUUCUUCUUCUUCUUCGGUGUUUGAAUCCCCCAUUCGAGCUGGGAACGGCGAGUUUUUAAUGCAGCUAUCCAUAGGAACCCCGCCUAAUGCUUAUUCCGCCAUAAUGGACACCGGCAGUGACCUCAUAUGGACACAGUGCUUGCCAUGCGAGACCUGUUUCGAUCAACCCACUCCAAUUUUCGACCCGAGAAACUCUUCUUCCUUCUCCAAGCUCUCGUGUUCCAGCCAGCUUUGCGAGGCCCUUCCCCAAUCCACGUGCAGCGAUAGCUGCGAGUAUUUCUAUGGCUACGGAGAUUACUCUUCAACCCAAGGUGUUUUAGCAUCAGAAACUUUUUCAUUCGGCGAUGGUGAUGAAAAGGUUUCGGUCAAUGGUAUUGGGUUUGGAUGUGGGGGAGACAACGAAGGAGACGGGUUCAGCCAAGGGUCUGGUCUCGUUGGACUCGGACGUGGGCCCUUGUCCCUUGUUUCCCAGCUGAAGGAGCCCAAAUUCUCGUACUGUUUGACCGCCAUGGACGACACUAAAACAAGCUCACUGUUGGUGGGGCCAUUAGCGAGCGUGAACACCACGCAUUCCGGCGCUAAAGUCACAACGCCUUUGAUCGAAAACCCAUCACAGCCAUCUUUUUACUAUCUUUCCCUUGAAGGGAUUUCAGUAGGAGGAUCUCUCUUACCCAUUGAAAAAGACACUUUUGCCCUCAAAAAAGAUGGUAGUGGAGGGCUAAUCAUAGACUCUGGGACAACCAUUACGUAUCUUGAGAAGAAAGCUUUUGAUAUUGUGAAGGAGGAAUUCACUUCCCAGAUAAACCUUCCUGUUGACAAAUCUGGUUCGCAGGGUUUGGAUCUUUGCUUUAACUUGCCCAAGUAUUCUACUUCAGUGGAAGUUCCCAAGUUGUCGUUUCAUUUUAAAAACGAUGCCGUUUUGGAACUUCCGCCGGAAAACUACAUUCUUAGUGACCGAACUUUAGGAGUUCUUUGCUUGGCUAUGGGGUCCUCUAGUGGUAUGUCCAUCUUUGGCAAUAUUCAGCAGCAGAAUUUUCUUGUCGUCCAUGAUCUUUCUGAGGGAACAAUGUCGUUUGUUCCCACGCAGUGUAAUCAAUUGUGAUCAUAACUUUAAUAUUUGUGUACUAUCGUAUGUUUUGUCGUUUCGACCUUUUAUUUUUAUUCUUUUAUUAAUGAACUUAAUUUGCAAUACGCACCAUCA